AUGGAAAAAGCGAUUCGCGGAGCCACAAAACCUAAACGUGCUCCUCCAAAACAAAAAUAUGUGAAGGUCCUUAUUCCAGCAACAGCGAACGAAAAAGAUCUUGAAACGAUCCUGAGAUGUCUCAAUCAAAGAUUACGGGAACAAAGUUGGACGGUGGUUUUCAAAAGCCUCAUCGUGAUACAUCUCUUGAUGAAAGAAGGCGCGUCCACUCGUUUCUUAAAAGCUUUGGCGAGGGAACCGACCAUUCUAGAAAUUCCAGGCCUUAGAACCGGAUUCCACGCAUUGGAACAAGCUAAAAACAUUCACUCGUAUGCUACAUACCUUGAAGAAAGCGUGUCUAUUUACCGAGAUUUGAAGAUAGAUUAUGCCAUGCCUAGAUCUGGUAUUAGUCGCUUGCGAAAUCUCACUGUUGCCAAAGGUCUUCUUCGUGAAGUUAAAUUAGUGCAAAAACAACUGGGCGCCUUAUUGAAUUGCAAGUGUUUGUUUAGUGAGUCAUCCAACGAAGUAACGAUAUGUGCGUUUAAACUCCUUGUGAACGAUUUGCUAGAUCUUUUUCAAGCACUUAACGAGGGUGUGAUCAAUGUUCUAGAACAUUUUAUGGAAAUGUCAAAGAUAGAUGCAAAUACUGCUUUAAAUAUUUACAAAACAUUUGUUAAGCAGACGGGAAAAGUUGUUGAGUUUUUUGAGGCAAACGUCUCGCUCACGGAAACUCUUGAGGAAUAUUAUCGCGAUCCAGACUUUGAGACCAACAGAGAACAAUACCGUCGCUUGAAGGAGGAUUGGAAGAAUAAACCUUCAAGGGUGGAGAAUUCUUCCGAUUCUUCCGAAAGUGCACCUCAAAAUCAAAGUGCGACGAAAUCUACCCCCACCGUUGAAGCAAAUAUACAAAAGGAAAUGAAUUUUGAUUUCUUCGCAAGCAUCGAACAGGAACAAAUAGCGAUAUUCGGCAACCAAUAUCAUAAUCCAUAUGUUACUCAAGGCCCGAUAGAUCAAAACAUCUCUAACCCGUUUCUAACCGUUCGGAAUCAAACAAAUGAGAUUCCUUUGGUGCCCCCGAUAAAUCAAUUUACUUUUUCAUCACAAGCUUUACCCGUGCAAGAUACCAACCCUUUUCGUUCGUCAAUUUUUUCUCAGGGCACACCAGGUGUUGCACCAGCAGUCACAACGGUUGAACGAUAUAAUCCAUUCCAAUCAUCCCCAUCUCCACCAACAAAUCCAUUUGCUUCAAUGAAUUCCGUUGUCCAACCCCAGCAACAACUACAACUCUAUCAACCACCCGAUUCAUACUCAAACAUAUCCGUAGAUAGUAAUCCCUUUAGAAGGCUUUCUACGGUUCCAGGAUUUCAAUCUACUACACCAACUCCUUUAUCUCAAUCAUUGAUUGUUCAAGAUUCUCCUGCUAUUAUUCAAACUCCUAUAAAUACAAAUGAUCCCACUUUCCCUCAUAUUCAGUAUCAAUAA